GUUUCUUACCGGACAGCUACUAGUAGACGGACGCGCUGGGUUGACGGCGACGCCGAGUGUUUUUUUUUAUUUUGAUGACUUCCUCACGGACAUUGGACAGAAAAUGGAGAGUUUUAAAGUGUCUUCCGUCUCCUUGUGUUCCCUCCUCGUCUUGCUUUGCCGACUGGCGUGCGGCGACAUCACGGACGGGAACGCGGAGCACCUGAAAAGAGAGAACUCGCUAAUGAAACCUUACCAAGGUGUGGGCAGCAGCGCGUCCAGCCAGUGGGACUUCUCUGGAAGCACCCUGGUGACCUCCUCCUACGUGAGACUCACCCCGGAUGAGAGGAGCAAGCAGGGAUCCAUCUGGAACACUGUGCCGUGUUACCUCAAAGACUGGGAGAUGCACGUCCACUUCAAAAUCCACGGGGGUGGCAAGAAGAAUCUCCAUGGCGACGGCAUCGCUCUCUGGUACACGAAAGACAAAGUGCAUCCCGGCCCCGUGUUCGGGAACCAGGACCAGUUUCUGGGCCUGGCUAUAUUUUUGGACACCUUCCGCAACGACCUGCACGGCAUGGACCGCUCCUUCCCGUACAUCUCGGCCAUGGUGAACAACGGCUCGCUGAGCUACGACCACGGCAGCGACGGCCGCGCCUCGGAGCUGGGGGGCUGCUCGGCCGACCUGCGCAACCGACACUUCGACACCUACCUCGCCGUCCGCUACUCCAGAGGACGCCUGACCGUGAUGGUGGACGUGGACGACAAGAACGAGUGGAAGGAGUGCAUUGACAUCGGAGGCGUGCGUCUCCCCACCGGGUAUUUCUUUGGCGCCUCGGCGGCCACCGGUGACCUCUCCGACAACCAUGACAUCAUCUCCAUGAAGCUCUACCAGCUGAUGGUAGAACACAGUCCUGAGGAGGAGAACCUGGACUGGACCAAGAUCCAGCCCAGCGUCAGCUUCCUCAAGUCGCCCAAAGACAACAUCGACGACCCGACGGGGAAUUUCCGCAGCACGCCGCUGACGGGCUGAAAGGCCUUCCUGCUGCUGCUGUGCGCCCUGCUGGGCAUCGUGGUUUGCGGCGUGGUCGGCGCCGUGGUCUUCCAGAAGAGGCAGGAGCGCAACAAGAGGUUCUACUGAGAGACGUCCACCAGGGGGCGCUGCUGCUGACCGAGUGGACACUUCAAGCACAUUUUUCCUCCAAAAGAUUGUACAGAUGUAUCCUGGAAGCACUGCUGCGUUUUUUUUUUUUCUUCUUCUUUGCUCGUUUUGUUUAGCCUCCUUUAAUUGGCGGAUUAAACAACGUCGUGGUUGCCACGGCAACAGCCCCUCCACUGCUGCCAUCCGCACUUCUUUUCUUUCUUCGCUGAAGUUUGUUAGUGACGACCUCGCUCUCAAACUUUUGAGCCAAUCCUUCUAAAGUCUGGUUUACUUCUUGGAAACUUUCUAACCACAAGAUGCCCCAAAAAGGUGUUCGCCUGCACAAUCUGCAGGAUUGCUUGUUGCACCUUUUCAUAUCUACCAAAAAUGUGACUUGUUACUUCUUUUUUUUUUUUAAUUACUUAGUUUUCCAUAAUGUGACCCUCUUUUGUUUGUCGGCACACCAAGGUGAAUAAAGACAAGUUACUGUGUGUGUGAGGUGGAAUAAAAUGUUCUUUUACA